UGCGUGCGUGCGUGCGCGCGCGGUGGCUGUGUGCGCGCCGCUCGCUUCAUCCGAGGAAGAGAUGCAGAGGAGUCGAGGGCGUCCGUGCGGCUCGCCAUCACGCUGAACAACGAAACCGCGACGCGACUCGUUCCGACUCGACGACCUCUGCCGAGCACGAACACGCAGGCUAAUUUGUUGGCGCGGGGGGUGGUCUCGUUCGUGGACGCGUAUGCAUGUGUUCCGCACCGAACGGGCGAAAGAGCCGCCCCGGAUCCGCAGGCCGCAUGUUUCAGCUGGGCAAAGCGGCGCGCAGCGAACCCGAGCGGCGGGAGAGCACGGACAGCGCCCGCAGGGGAGGACAGCGCGCUCUGGAGCACUGCAGAGCGGCAGUGCAGGAGUUUAACACUCUGGUGGCACUUCACCGUGAGCAGGUCAUUUCCAUAGGAGAGAUCACAGCUGACUGUCCAACACUGAGGGCACGCAUGCACAGCACACGCACCAAAGGCUGCACAGUGGCUCAGAGUGCCUACCAGCACCUCACUAUCAUCUCUGGGCCAGAGGAUGGGGAAAUCCACCCUGAAAUUUGCAGACUCUUUAUCCAGCUGCAGUGCUGCUUGGAGAUGUACAUCACCGAGAUGCUCAAGUCCUUGUGUCUGCUGGGUGUGCUGCAGCUCCACAGGAAAGGAAAUGAGCCGUGCCCGGAAUCAACUGCAGACUGCAGGGUGGACGAAAGCUCAGAUGUCCCGAUAUUGGAGGAUAGGUCUUCAUCACCUGUUGACUUUCCCCAUGAAUCCUGGCUUGUGUGCACAGAUAUUGAGAACAUAGAGAGUGACAUGCGUGAGAUGAGAAACCUGUUAAGCAAACUCAGGGAGACCAUGCCUUUGCCACUGAAGAACCAAGAUGACAGCAGUUUGCUGAACCUGACACCCUACCCACUGGUGAGGCAGAGGAAGAGGCGUUUCUCUGGGCUCUGCUGCCUUGUGUCGGGAAUUUGUGUACUGAUGGAGCACAUCAGGUUCCUCCUUGCAUGUAUUAUAAUUCUGGGCUCAGUCACAGCUAUUUCUGGCUGUUUCUGUGAUCAUUAUGCAUGGAGCUCGUGGUCUUAUUGCACCAAGACUUGUGACCAGGGUACACAGGAACGCCUCAGAAAUGUCCGAUAUGAUGAGCAUUGGAACAAGAACAAUUGUGGCCAGCUGUGCCAGACAUACGAGCGCCGGGCAUGUAAUGUGGAUUCAUGUCCCAUAAACUGCAAACUGUCUGAAUUUGGACCUUGGUCAGAGUGUUCACCGUGUGCCAAAAAAAUGUUUAGAACCAAGUCUGUCCUGAGACCAGCUCAGUUUGGGGGACAGGACUGUAAUGAACCUCUUUUGGACGAAAGACCUUGUCAUCCUUCAAAAGAAUGCGUACUUGAAAAAGGCAACUGCAAGGACAAAUUCACCUGUGAUAAUGGCAGAUGUAUUAACGCUGUCCUUGAGUGUAAUGGCCAAAAUGACUGCCUGGACAACUCUGAUGAGAAGAACUGUGGCAAAAUCACUCGAGUAUGUGCUACAGAAAGAGUGUAUUAUGUCCUUCCUGGAGUGGAUUUAAUCGGCAAUGGGUUUGAUGCUGUUGCAGAGCAAAUGAGGGGUGCUGUCCUAGACAACUCCAUCAUGGGAGAGGAAUGCCUCUUAAACCGCAGCAAAGAAAACAGAAAAAUCUACCGAAUCCCAGCUAACAUUGAGAGCUAUGAAAUCAACGUGGAAACACUUGAGGAUAUUAAGGUGAACCCACCAGUGAAAACCCAGGAGGUCACUUCAGAAAGCAAGACCUCAUCUUUUGGUAGAGGUCUGCCAGAGGGCCUUUCCGUGAACAUUCCCAUCUUUCUGUCCAUCUUUCGAAAUUCUCUACAGUCCACAUCUUUUAAGGAGCAAAUAAAUACAUUUCAAAAAAAGGACUCUGAGUAUUUCAGGCUACACCAGGAUAUAGCCACGGCCACUUUCCGAACAAAAUCUUCUGACCUGUACCUAUCACACCCCUUUUUGACCUUCCUCAACAACCUACCUCUAGACUACAACUAUGCCCUCUACAGUCAGAUCUUUCAGGAGUUUGGGACCCACUACUUUAGUUCUGGUACAAUGGGAGGGCGGUAUGAUCUGCUUUUCCAAUUUGAUCGUGAACAGCUCAAGACUCAGGGAUUAACACAGGAGCAGACACAAUCUUGCAUGCAAAAAGAUUUUUCCAUCUUCCUUUUUAUUUACUGGACAAGGUCACAUAGCAAUAGAUGUGGUACCAACACAAAGACCACUUCAUAUGAAGGGUCAUUUAUGCAGACAUCAGAGAAAUCCAUAACUUCAGUAAAGGGAGGAAGAUCAGAGUACACUGCAGCUCUGGCCUGGGAACGGAAAGGUGCUCCACCAGAGAGCACGACUUACCAGGACUGGAUCAAAUCUACUAUAGACAACCCCACUGUAAUAGACUAUGAGCUGAAGCCCCUGGUGGAUCUUGUACGUGGCAUUCCCUGUGCCGUGACAAAAAGACGACACAUGCAUAAGGCUCUGCAUGAGUAUCUGGCAUCCUUUGACUCAUGUAAAUGUGCCCCAUGUCCAAACAAUGGCCGUCCAACCUUGUCAGGGACAGAGUGUGUGUGUAUCUGCCAAACUGGAACCUAUGGCACCAACUGCGAGAAGCGGGCCAAAGACUACACUUCAGAUGCUAUUGAUGGCUACUGGAACUGCUGGAGCUCAUGGAGUGUUUGUGACACAACCUUAAGGAGGCACCGCACUCGCUCGUGUAACAACCCAGCUCCUCAGGGAGGAGGUAAACUCUGCCAAGGCCCUGAGCGCCAGGAGGAGCAGUGUACCAUCAGUAUCUUCCAACAGAAGGAUGUGUGCAUCAAUGAUGAUGACUUUGAGACUGAGGGAGAAAGUGAGAGUGUUCUGCCUCCAGGAGUAUCUGGCUGUGCCAAACCUAAACCUCCUGCCCACAGCUACUUGAGGAUCAAUAAACAAGUGUAUAAUCAUGGGGAUCAUGAAGAGUUUGUGUGCUUCUCUGGUUUUGAGCUGGAGGGUUACCAGCUCAUUCACUGUCAACAGGAUGGAACUUGGGAAGAGGCAAAGGGCAGCUGCAUCAAGAGGAUAUGUCCUAGACCUAAAGUGCCGAAAGACAUGAACAUUAGCCCAAGCAAGGAUGAGUAUUUUAUUGGCUCCAGCUUCUCUCUAAGCUGCUCGGACACUGCCAUGAGCCCAUCAGGAUCACUUUACUACACGUGCACUAACGCGCUCACCUGGGACCCACCCGUCCCUGCUGACAUACAGUGCAAAAUUGAUAAGCCCUUUAUACCAGACACCAGCUGUGGGAUGGGAGAGCAGCGUGUGGGUUCAACAUGUGUCUGCAUUCCCCUAGAAGACUGCAGGACAUAUAAGAACGACAUUUGUGCUUUGGAUAUGACAACACGCAGUGCAGUGAUGAUGUCCUUCUGCUCCUUUCACGCCCGCCGUUGCCAUGGAGACAAGCUGCACUUCAUUAAUGAUGGUCCAUGUAAAGGUGACGUGAACUGGGCCAUAUUCAGGGCCAGCAUUUCCGAGAAGAGUCCGGUCAAGGUACCAUGUGGAUCAGACACCUGUUACGAGUGGGAAACCUGCUCAGCAUCAAGUAUGUGUUUGUGCAAGUCUCCCAGAGAAUGUCCAAAGACAGGGGCUCAAACCUACUGUGUAAACAUUGUAAGACUUCGGCGUCAGCAGACCCUUAAUCUGUGUAACAUGGUUGCCACAAAGUGCAGUGGCUUUGACUUGGAAAUUCUUCAUGAAGGUGCAUGCCCCUAAAGGCCCCUGAAUUGAAUUAUUUUUAAUAUUUACACAAGUCUGAGCCUGUGAAAAACUCAUACCUGAUAACUGAUCACUCAGCAUUGUUUUUCUAUUAUCAACCACAGUUUAUAUGCAUUAUUCUUUUACUUUUAAUAACUUGUUUUUAAAUAUUUAUGUGAAACACUGUUUCAAAGUGUAACACAUUGUUCAGUGUUUAGUAGCUACUGUAUGUUUCUUUAAUCACAGGUUUUUGUUAAUAUAUUUUUUUUGAGUUCCAUUGUUACAUUUCUCAGAGGCCUUCAGUCCCACUCUAUAUAUUGAAUAAUAACAAAACAAAAUGAUAAAGGUUGAGGAUAAACUACUGUAUGAAGAUGCAUUGCAUACAUUGCAGCCAUAAUAAAACUCUUAGCUGCUCUUAUUGUCCUAGCUAGUAUUGGCUAACUA